AUGGGGCAGAAUACAUCGAAAGGCACCGGCGACGUCGACACGGGUCGCUAUGAGGCCAUCACGGAAGGCAAGAAGAAGGCCCCCAAGGGGCAGCCUGCCGCGAUCCCGGACGGAUGCUCGGCGGCAGCACCCGAGGACUACACGACCGUCACCGACGCGCUCCACAAGAACAUGUUCUUCGCCAAGCUCGACAUCGACACGCAGCGCAAGAUCGUGCAGCACAUGUACGAGCGCCCCGUCAGGGCCGGCGAGAUCCUCAUCAACGAGGGCGACACGGGCUCGGGGGCUGCGGAGCUGUACGUGGUCAAGAGCGGGGACUUUGAGAUCCUGGAGCGGCGGCAGGGCGUCAACAUGCGCGUGGCGGUCAAGGGCGCGGGCGACGUGGUCGGCGAUGUGGCGCUGAUCUACAACACGGCCCGCGGGGCGACCGUGGCGGCGCUCUCGGACGCCGCGGUGUGGGUGCUCCACCGCGACACGUUCAAGCACUUUUGCCGCGUCACGCGCGAGGAGCUCACGUCGCAGAUCCAGGUGUUCCUCAACCAGGUCGCGCUGCUCGAGCCGCUCACGACGGAGGAGCGCAUCCAGCUCGCGGAGGCCUUCGAGGAGCGGAAGUACCGGCCCGGGGAGAAGGUGGUGCAGCAGGGCGACGCGGGCGACCACUUCUUCAUCAUUCGGAAGGGCGAGGCGAUGGUGUACCAGGAGGAGAACGGGCAGACGAAGAAGAUCAACCACCUGUUCAAGACGGACUACUUCGGCGAGAUGAGCCUGCUCAAGGACGCGCCGCGCGUGGCGACGGUGGAGGCGGUGACGGCGCUCGAGUGCCUGGUGCUGGGGCGCGAGGCGUUCAACGACACGCUCGGGCCGCUGGAGGAGAUCAUGAAGCGCGACAAGUCGCCGCAGGUCGUCAACCAGAAGAUGCGCAAGCUGAAGAACAAGGGCACGCCCACGCGCGUCCCCGCCGAGGUGGUCGUGAAGCGCUCGAACCCGCGGCCGGGCGAGCAGGCCGUCGUGCGCGCGCGCGGGCACCUGGACGAGGUGCUGGAGCUGAAGGAGAAGAAGGACACGGCCGGGCAGCCGUCGCGGGACCGCGUCAAGGACGCGGUGCUGGUGCUCAACCAGGGCGAGAUCCUGGGCGGCGGCGCGUUCUCGAAGGUGUCGGUGGUGACGGAGGAGUCGACGGGGCGGCAGUACGCGCUGAAGCAGAUGCGCAAGUCCGCGGUGGUGCAGUGCCCCGAGCACGUGUUUUGCGAGCAGGCCAUCACGCGCAACACCGCGCACCCGUUCUGCAUCCGGCAGUACGCGUCCUUCCAGGACAAGUACCACCUCUACUUCCUCUUCGACCUCAUGACGGGCGGCGACCUCAUGGACGUCCUCGUCGCCGAGGCCAACGUCAUCCGCGUGCGCGUCUCCCAGGGCGGCAUGUCGCGCGGCUGCCUCGCGCCCAAGGUCAAGAUGCUCCAGGGCAUGCCCGAGUCCCUCGCGCGCUUCUACGUCGCCUCCAUCGUCCUCGCGCUCGAGUACCUCCACGACAACGGCAUCAUCUACCGCGACCUCAAACCCGAGAACGUCUUCAUCGGGUCCUCGGGGUACGUCAAGCUCGGGGACUUCGGGUUCGCCAAGUCCCUCGAGGCCACGCAGCGCACCUACACCUUCUGCGGGACGCCCGGGUACGUCGCGCCGGAGAACGUGCUCGCCCACGGGUACUCGUACGGCGUGGACUGGUGGGGCGUCGGCGUGCUGAUGUACGUGCUGCUCACGGGCAAGCAGCCCUUCUCGUCGCCGCGGGCGCCCGACCCCAUGGUCGUGAUGCGCCGGAUCGUCGACGAGAACUGGCAGAUCAAGUACCCCCCCUACCUGUCGCCGGCGGCCAAGGAUCUGAUCUCGCGGCUGCUCGAGCGCCGCCCGGCGAAGCGGCUCGGGAUGCUCCAGGGCAAGGCCAACGACGUGAAGAAGCACAAGUGGUUCGACGGGUUCGACUGGGACGCGCUGGCCGCGCGGAAGAUGCCCGCGCCCCGCGUGCCGAAGAACGACGCGGCGAAGCGCCUCCGGGACAUGGCGGAGCAGGAGGCGCGCCAAGAGGCGCCGAACGAGACGAUGGAGGAGCUGCAGGAGUGCCAGCUGGUGUUCGCGAGCUUCUGA